AUGGCUACUGAACAAACCUACAUCAUGAUCAAGCCUGACGGCGUUCAACGUGGCUUGACCGGUGAAAUCAUCGGUCGCUUCGAAAGACGUGGAUACAAAUUGGUUGCAAUGAAAUUAGUUCAUGCUUCCCAAGAACAUUUGGAAAAGCACUAUGCUGAUUUGAAGGGCAAACCUUUCUUCCCUGGAUUGGUUAAAUACAUGGCUUCAGGCCCUGUCGUUGCAAUGGUUUGGGAAGGAAAGGAUGUCGUCAAACAAGGCCGUGCUUUGUUGGGCGCAACAAACCCUCUUGCUUCUGCUCCAGGUACAAUCCGUGGUGACUUUGCUAUCGAUGUCGGCCGUAACAUCUGCCACGGCUCUGACGCUGUCGAAUCCGCGAAGAAGGAAAUCGCUUUGUGGUUCGGUGAACAAAACCCAACAAUCAACUACACCCGUGCAGUUGACACUUGGGUCUACGAAUAA